AUGGCUGGAUCUCUGAAUGAGUCGGUCUCUUGCUGUGCUCUUUAUUUUCUGAGGCCUCUUUUGUUGCUCUGGGCUGCUCCAUUUAUCAGUAACUUCACAGGUAACAUUAAAACAUUGAUUCUGAAAUACAGUUAUGUUGCUGAAUAUGUGUCUCUCUCAAUUGUUAUUUAUACAGCUCUUUUUGCUACAGCUUUUGAAAAACUUGUGAACUAUGCAGAGUUUGAGAAACACAUGAUAAUAAUGCUGUUUGCAGUUGUUUUUCUGUGCUGCCUUUGCAAAAUUGUUUACAUUUUAGCUAAACAGAUUGGAAAGAAAUGUGGACAGAUAAUUAACACACUUGACAUUGUGGCUGAUAUGAUCUUUGAAAUUCUGCCUACUUUACAAUUCAUCCUCCUCUUCUUCACAUUUGGAUCUGUCAGUGGAGCGUUCAUCAUUGUUGUCAUAUUACCACUGUUAAUGAUGAUGACGAACGACACAUGGUUUUUCAGAUGCUAUGAUAGACUCAACUGUUCUGAAUCAAUUAUGAGAACUGUGAUGUUAAUCUUCAUAUUACUGAUUAAUGCAGCAAUGAUCGGCCUUUACAUAUUGACACUGGAAAAUAAAACAGAUGCCAUUGGAUGGGCCUGUGUGAUGCUGUUUCUCCAAAUCCUUUGGGCCAUUAUGAAGUUUACAGUAUAUUUUCUUGAUUUUGACAAUGUUUUCCAUCGUGUUGUUGCUGUCUAUGUGUUUGGAUCAGUUGGAAUUGUUUUACUGAACUCUGCUACUCUGAUGACUGAACUCAUACUGAAAACAGUGAAUGGUGAUCGUAUGCUGGAAGAUCUGCGAUUCAUUGUCUUCCCUUCUGAAUGUGUCUUUGCCAUAUCUCUGCUGAUCUCUGGAUUAUUUCCGUCUUGUAUUGUGAAGUGUCUGCAGUUUUUUCAGAAAAGGGUGAAAUCUAAAGGAACUAAAAAGCAAAACACAACAGGAUCACAACUGACCAGGCUGAAUGCUGAAUAUCAGGAGGAAAAUCUGCUUGAUUCAGGCAAAACACAAAAAGAUCAGUGAUGGAAGAAUGGGAUUUUUCCAGAUGUCUUCUGCGCACUGCACAAGAUCUCAAAACACACUUUUUCUGAAAAACUGCUUUAAUACAAUUUGAAUUGUAAAAAAUGAAAUGAAAUGAAAAUGUUUGUGUGAUGAAUUAAAAUAAUGAAGCUUUGUAAUAUUACAUUAUUUGUUGGUGAUAUAGAGUACUUGUUUUCC